AUGACCGCUCCAGUAUACUUCUUGUCUCACGGGACAGCUUUUCUGCUCCAGAACGACUCUCGUGUGAGAGAUUACUGGAGAAAGAUCGGCCAGAAUGCACUUGCCAACGGUUGCAAAGGAGUGAUUAUGAUGGUCCUCGCCUUCUAUCGACUUCGUAACGAACUACGGGCUUACAUUGAGCAGGCGGCACACUGGAACGUCACUGGUGACAACCAGAUCAAAGUCGCCAUGAAACCCCAGCCAGGAAUGAUGCCACUGACAAACGCUCAUCCUGACAUCUGGAAAAACUUCAAGCCAAACACAGAUCUAAAGACAGGACAGCGUGUCAUUGAGAUGUUGAAUCAAGCAGGAAUUGAGGCGGAAGGUGAUGAUCAAUUUGACUGGAUGAUCGACUCGGAAAUCGCACUUGUAGGCAUGUUUGGUGACAAGUGCCCGCCCACAGUCAUUAUCUCUCAGAAUUCAUAUUGGGAUCCCUGGUUCCACGCUCGAAUCGGGACUGCCGUCCGUUCACUUCGCCAAGAGGGCUAUCUCAUCAUUGGUUCUGGAGGCGGAACUCACAAUCUGUAUCGCACUGAGUGGCACUAUGCCCUCAAGUACAGAGAUGUGUUCGCUAUGGAAAGUCCUCCGGACUCGACUAAUCUCGAAUUUCGUCAAGCACUUCAAGAUGUCAUCUGCAAAACCGGCGGAGGUCCUGAGCUCAAAAGAGGCUUGUGCAGGCUCAUGAAGCACCCAUACUUUCGUGAUGCUCAUGGGACAGACGAGCACUAUGUCUCCGCGUGUUUCGUGGCUGGCGCCAUUGGAGAACCAGAGGACAGAGGUGCCAAAGGUGUGCUGGGUGCAGAAGUCUGGGAACUGCGAAGCCAGUGCGAAUCUCAAUUCUCCAUCGGAUCAUGGGAAGCAGCCUCGUCAGUCAAGGUAUGA